UAACUGAGAGUUAUUCAAAGCAAGCAGAUGGAAUUGUGGAGUUGGUGGAAAAAGUGAAAAAUAAAGUGUUCAAAAGAAAGAGAAUUUGUGAAAGAACUUUAAAAGGGUUAAGAAUAAAUAAACUUUGAUGGAAACUUAAGAAAACUUAAAGGGCGUUUAGUUCUCAGAAAUAUUGUUCCUGUUGUUGUUUUAGUUUCUUGCCAUAUCGAGAACUAGAUCCGACUCUGGUACCAUAAAUGAAUUCCUUGGGCACGGCUCGCGGCGAGCUGCUGUUCAAUGCGAACCACAGCGAACUAGUUCCGCCAGGGCCUCAGGAGCAGCAGCAGCAGCAGCAGCAGCAGCAGCUGCUGUCCGUUUCUCCUGAGCUAGUUUCUUGCAUCGGCAACGGAACUGGGGAUGGCUCGGAUGCGGUCAAAGAGCCAGCUGCCACUCCGGCGGCUGAGGACGAUGCACAAAUCGAUGCCAGGCUGCAGGAGGAGCUCGACUCGCUGCCCAUGGUGGAGCCGGAGCCCGAAACGGAGCCCGUGACACGCCCCCAGCUGCCGCCCACCCUGCCGUACAGGCCGCAACCCCAACUCCUGCACCACCAACAGCAUCUGCAGCAGCAGCAGCAGCAGGGAACGCCGCCGGCGCGAGUGUUCUACAAGGCGCGCACCGUGCAGGAGGCAUCCAAGUUCUCGAUCCAAAUUCCGCCCGAGGCACCGGCCGGCACAGUUAAGCUAAUGCCCACCACGAACUAUGCAACCAUGCAACUAAAGAUGCAACAAUCGCAGGUUCGAAUCGCAUCGCAUCUGGGCCAGCAUCCGUACAAGAUGAUGGUGACGAGCACGCAGGAUCGAUACCGGAGCACGCAGGGCGGCAGGAUGUUUAUGCCAGCUGGGACUCAGCCGAGCCAGAACCAGAACCAGGGCGCCUUUCCCAAGACCCUGACCGACUUCAUCAAGUCGAAGAGCAGCUUUGUGACGGGCCAGACGCAGAUGCGUGGCGUCCUGCCCAACCAGCUGCCGAGGCCGACGCUGUGCCAAAUGAAGCUGCCCCUGAAACCCGACCUGAACAAUCCGAUGUUGCGGCCGCAGGGCGUGCUGGUACGACGGGAGCUGCCGCAAAUGCCAGCACCGCUCGAGGAUGACGAGGUGGACUUCGAGGAGAUCGGUGUGGCCGAUACCUACUCCUCGUACUGGCCAAGCAAGCUGAAGGGCGGCAGCCGGCAUCCCGAUCCGGUCGUCGAAACGGCCACCCUCUCCUCCGUCGAGCUGCCGGACAUCACGUACGAGCUGGCGCUGCCGGACAAGGUGAAGAACUCGGAUCGCCUUAGUGCUCUGCAGCUGGAGGCGGUCACCUAUGCCUGCCAGGCGCACGAGCAGCUGCUGCCUAGCGGCCAGCGUGCCGGCUUCCUGCUUGGCGAUGGCGCCGGUGUCGGCAAAGGCCGCACCGUGGCGGCCAUCAUCUUCGAGAACUAUCUGCGUGGUCGCAAGCGUGCCCUGUGGAUAUCCGUAUCCAACGACUUGAAGUUCGAUGCGGAGCGCGAUCUGCUAGACAUAGGCGCCAGCAAGCACCUCAAGGUGGCCUCGAUGAGCAAGUUCAAGUACAGCCGUAUCAGCUCCGAGGAGAACGAGUACUUCAAGCGCGGCGUCAUCUUCUGCACGUACACGGCGCUCAUUGGCGAGUCUGCGAAUGCCAAUCCCAAGUACAAUACGCGUCUGCGUCAGCUGAUCAACUGGCUGGGCACCGAUUUCGAUGGGGUCAUCGUGCUCGACGAGUGCCACAAGGCGAAGAACCUAAGUCUGAUGAAUGCCGGCAAGUCCACCAAGACGGGCACCACAGUUCUCGAGCUGCAGCAGCUGCUGCCCAUGGCUCGGGUGGUCUAUGCCUCGGCGACGGGCGCUUCGGAGCCAAGGAACAUGGCGUAUAUGGUGCGGCUGGGGCUGUGGGGUCCCGGCACCUCCUACUCGGAAUUCUUCAAGUUUGUCAAUACCGUGGAGAAGCGCGGCAUUGGCGCCAUGGAGAUUGUUGCGAUGGACAUGAAGCUGCGCGGUUCGUAUAUUGCCCGCCAGCUAAGCUUCAAGGAUGUCAGCUUUCGCAUUGAGGAGGUGCCCAUGUCGCGGGACUUCCACAAGCUCUACAAUCACUCCGCCGAGCUCUGGGCCGAGAUCAACGAGAAGUUCCUCAAGGCCUGCCGCCUGAUGUGCAUCGAGAACCGGGUCCAGAAGAUCAUCACGUGCCAAUUCUGGUCGGCGCAUCAGCGCUUCUUCAAGAACCUCUGCAUUGCCUCCAAGGUCAAUCAUGUGGUCAAGAUGGUGCGCGAGGCGGCACGCCAGGGCAAGGCCGUGGUCAUUGGCCUGCAGUCGACCGGGGAGUCGCGCACUCUGGAGCACCUGGAGCUGUAUCAGGGUGAGCUGACCAAUUUUGUGUCCACCUCGAAAAUGAUAAUUCAAUCCUUUGUGGAGAAAUACUUUCCGGCACCGACGCGUGAGUCGCUCUACAAGCUGCUCAACACGGGCACCUUUGAGCCGGAGGCGCGUGCCAAGUCCGGCUGUGCGAAGCGGCCGCGCAUGAUCUCCGAAUGGUCCGACGACGACAUGGACGCGGAUGGUGGCGACAGCGACAUCGACCUGUGCGACAAUAGCUGGAAUGCCGAUGCCGAUGACGAUGAGGACCGCCUCAAGUCGGGACGCAAGCGGCGCGGUCGUCCGCCCAAGCCGGACAAGGUGGAAAAGAUCACCAUGCAGGAUCGCAUCCUGCAGCAUUUGUGCAACAACAUGAACGCCAAGCACGAGGAGGAGGAUCCCAACUUCGAUUCCGCCAAGCCGCAAACAGCCAAGAUCACGGAACGCGAUGUGGAGCGCUGCAUAACGGUGCGCGAGAAACUGCUGGACAAGAUCGAGCAUCUGGGACGUCGCAUGCCGCCCAACACGCUCGACAAGAUCAUCUCCAAGCUGGGCACCAAGGUGGUCGCCGAGAUGACUGGCCGGCGCGGCCGUGUGAUCAAGACAGACGAGAACACGUACAAGUACGAGCAGCGCGGCGAAGCGGAGACGACCAUGGAUCUGGUCAACUACAUGGAAAAGCAGCGCUUCAUGGAGGACAGCAAGCAUGUGGCCAUCAUAUCGGAGGCCGCAUCCAGCGGCAUCUCGCUGCAGAGCGAUAGACGCCUCAGCAUACAGCGACGGCGACUGCACAUCACGCUGGAGCUGCCCUGGAGCGCGGAUCGGGCCAUACAGCAGUUCGGCCGCACGCAUCGCUCCAACCAGGCGAAUGCGCCGGAGUACGUGUUCCUCAUCUCCGAUCUGGGCGGCGAGAGUCGCUUUGCGGCGACGGUGGCCAAGCGCCUGGAGAGCCUGGGCGCGCUCACCCAGGGCGAUCGUCGGGCCACCGAUGCCCGCGAUCUCUCGAAGUUCAACAUUGACAACAACAUCGGACGCAGCGCGCUGGAGAGCGUGCUGCAGCAGAUCACCGGCGAGAAGCCGCUGGAGACCAUCCACAUACCCGAGUCGUACAAGGGCGACUUCAGCUUCGACUGCUGCGUGGCGCUCUCCGGCGUGGGCAUGCUCAGUGUCUCCGAGGACAACAAGGGCCAUCAGAUCUUCGUCAUCGAGAAGGACAGCAAUAACAUACCCAAGUUUCUCAAUCGCAUUCUCGGCUGUCGCGUCGAGGUGCAGAACGCCCUCUUCAAGUUCUUCCUCAACAAGAUGUACUCCCUAAUUCUGCAGAUGAAGCGCUCGGGUCACUUUGAUCUGGGCAUUCUCGACCUGGACGCGCACGGCGCCAACGUGACCGCCAUCAAGCUGAUACGCUUCAUCAGAAAGCAUGCCACGGGCACAGCUGCCACCGAGCUGCACACGAUGCAGGUGGUGCGCGGCAUGUCCUACGACCUGGCGCUAGCCAAAUACAACAAGGAGGCGCGCCAGGAGCACGAGGGUUUCUACACGUUCAAGCAGGAGCGCAACAACAACAAUUGUGCCAUCCUCUGCCUGAAUGCGCAGCCGGACACAGCGGCGACAACCGAUCCCAGCAAGCUGAACAUGAAGAUCUAUCGGCCCAAUACGGGGCCGCAGGUGCGCACCGAGACGCUCAGCUCGAUUGGCAAUCGGUAUGUGAAGGCCUCGCCGGAGGCAGUGCAGCAAUUCUGGGACAUGCAGUACAAUCAGUGCCUGCGCAUGUGCUCGCACAUCUAUUGGAAUCGCCGCUGUCCCUUCGGCAUCAAGUGCGGUGUGGGCCUCCGUGUGCGCACCUACCAUGUGCUGUCCGGCCUGAUGCUGCCCAUUUGGGAUCGCAUCGCGCUGAUCAUCGAGAAGGACGGCCGCAAGAUCCAAAUGAUACGCGUCAAGACCGAUGAGAACAAGAAAAUUGUCGGCACCGUGGUGCCAGAAGGUGUCUACCAUCAGCUGGUGGCCGAUCUGUCCUCCGAUUCUAUUGUCGAGAGCAAGGAUUUCAGUGUCAACAAGGAAUAAGAUUAUGUACAAAAGGUCAUCUUAUAUCUAAGCUUAAGUGUAAACAGGAUAUCUUUUGUAUAGUUCAAUAAAGUUGCUCUCAAUGGAAA